CUCUAGGUAGAGACUACGGUGGAGGCUUGAGUUGUACGAAGAACCUGCCAUGAUGGCAUCCUCUACAUUUUUGGUACUGCUGCUUCUUCAGUUCGACUUUGGACAAAGCUCCCAUAAACAUCUGCAUGAUGAUCAUUACAUCGGACAGCAGCACAACCCUGAACACGACAUGAAUGUACUGCUGGGAGAGGAGAGGACUAAUGGGAUAAAGAAACUCAGCCCAGCAGAUAGAAGAAAAAAAAUGAUGGAUAUUGUAAAGAAGAUUGAUACAAAUGGUGACAAUCUGCUAAGUGCAGAGGAGAUUACUCUCUGGAUUCAGCACGUCUACAGAAAAUAUGCUCUGGAUGAUGCGGAGGAACGCUUCCCAGAGUUUGACACCAACAAGGAUGGUGUUAUAACAUGGGAGGAAUACAACACGGUGGCUCAUGACCAGCUCCUUAGUUUUGAUGAUGAUGCUGUUCUGGAGGAUCCAGAGCAAGAGUCUCUUAGACAUCUCCAUCGAAAGGAGAGGAGGCGCUUUGACUUUGCUGAUGUGGAUGGCACACCUGGCCUCAAUGUGACGGAGUUUCUUGCCUUCACCCACCCUUCUGAAGUGGAUCACAUGGCUGAUUUUGCCAUUGAGGAUGUCUUGAGUGAAUAUGAUACAGAUAAAGAUGGAUUCAUCAGCCUGAGUGAAUUUAUUGGAGACGUUCGCGGCGAUGAUGGUGCCCCUUCCAAGUGGGAGAUUGAAGAAACAGUGCGGUUUAAAGAACUGUAUGAUCAAGAUAAGGAUGGCAAGCUGAAUCGAGAGGAGCAGCUCCGCUGGGUUGCACCGAACAGCUACGGAUCAGCAAGAGAAGAAGCUCUUCACCUCAUCAAGGAAAUGGACCUCGAUGGAGAUGGACAGAUCUCAGAGGCUGAAGUUUUGAAAAAUCAAGAAACAUUCAUGAACAGCGAAGUGACAGACUACGGCAGACAUCUGCACCUGACACAUGAUGAAUUAUAACAGUCUCCUUUGGUUUAAUGUAGAGCUGUCAUUUGUUUCAGUAAAUGAUUUCAUGUAGUGUUUUCCUCCCUGUCUGUUAUAGAAAGGUUGUGGUAUUUACGUCACACACCAGUGAUCUCAGCAGUCACAGAUCCUUUGCGUGUUAUAUCUGAUCUGUUGUUCAGCUCGUGUACAAUAUGUUACAAAAUGUGAACAAAAGCUGAAGCCUUACACAACAGUACAUGUUUCUGGGCAAAGUACUGGAUUGCAUAAUGUUAUAGGGAAUUCCUUGUAUUACCCUUAAAGAGCAAGAAGCAUCACAAAGUGCAAUUUUCAGUUUUCAUGAAAAAGUACUGAAUCCAAUUCACAUUAAACAAAGCAGAUUUUG